UAUUAAAUUUCAAUGCCGGCUGGAAACAUACUAGAGGAGGUAAAACUAAGGAAGGUUUACUUGUUCUUUCCAGUGGUUGAAGAAUGGAUUCUUCCUUGAUUAAGAUAAUAUUUAAAUAUUAAAUAAAUGCAGUGGAAAACUGUCCAAGUUUUCUACCUGUUUCGUGUAGAGAAAAUACAGAGACUAGUUCCGAGACUCCCUCUAUAAAAAGAAAUGCUUCCCACCAAGAUUUUCCAUCCCUCACUUGCAUACAAAAUUAAAAACAUUGCACAACAUCCUUACCGACAAGUCUCUCUAAGAAUAAAGAUGCAAGGCGUUCACUUCUUUUUAUCUCUUCUUGUGUUGGCUUUGGCAGCCACCUCUGCCUCUGCCUAUGACCCCAGCCCUCUGCAGGACUUCUGUGUUGCAGUCAAAGACUCCGAAUCUGCUUUGUUUGUGAAUGGAAAGUUCUGCAAGGAUCCAAAGGAUGUUACUGCCAAUGAUUUCUUCUUUUCGGGGCUUGACAAGCCAGGAAACACAUCAAACCGUGUUGGUUCAAACGUAACUCAACUCAAUGUUGACAAAAUACCAGGACUCAACACUUUGGGCAUAUCCCUUGCUCGCAUUGACUAUGCACCUUAUGGUCUUAAUCCUCCCCACACUCACCCUCGGGGCACUGAAAUCCUAGUAGUCGUAGAGGGUACUCUGGAGGUUGGUUUUGUCACUUCCAACCAAGAUGAAAACCGCCUCUUCACCAAAAUCCUCAACAAGGGAGAUGUGUUUGUUUUCCCAAUUGGUCUCAUUCAUUUCCAGUUCAACAGGGGAUAUACCAAUGCAGUUGCCUUUGCUGGUCUCAGCAGCCAAAAUGCAGGAGUAAUCACCAUUGCUAACUCUGUGUUUGGGUCAGACCCUCGUAUUAAUCCUGAUGUGCUCACCAAGGCCUUCCAAGUUGACAAGAAUAUUAUCAACUAUCUCCAGAAACAGUUCUGGGUUGACAACAAUUAGACCUGACUAUAUUUGAAGCAGCAAAUGAGUUGAUAUUCUGUUUACAUACAAUUUUCAUUUAAUAUUCAUUUCUUUAUACGUUUUCCUAAUUUUUAUUUAUAGAAUAAGUAGAACCAUAUUGUAUACCGUUCUCUAUUUGCAUUUUCAGUAUAGCAGGUUCUUCAAAUUUGUUUAGCAAUUCUCUGUUUAUCCCUUGUCUCCUCUGUUUAUUUUAUGUGAAGGUUUGCUCAUUUCAAGCU